AUGACUGAAAGUGGCGUGGAGAUGGAGGAGAAGGACGACGAAAUCAACGCGCCUAACAUGCCCGCUUCGGAUGAGGUUGAAUCUACUGCGAGCGAUAAUGCGCCGGUGGAUAAAGAGAAUCAGAACCAGGAGGCCUCUCGAAAACUUCAAGCGCCUCCCAAUGGUGGUUAUGGUGAGGAAGCCGAUGACCGCGGUGCUGCUGUAUUCGACGUCUUUACUGACUUCUAUUCCCAGGAUGGGUCUGUACCGCGUACGUCCAAAAACAACCAUGGAACCCACGUCUACCUUGCAGAACGCCUGCUAAUCAUUCCAGCGCAGUUGUUGCGCCCUCAUCAAUGCGCAUACAUGGGGUCUCAACUCAAGGUAUGUAGGGAGUCGAGUGCUCCUCGCCAACCUCUACUGAGUCUCUCCAUCAGUUACGGCGUCUUCCUCGCCCACUAUCUCGCCACGAAUACCUACCCCGGAGCGACCAGUCUCGAAUUCGCCUUUGUCGGCGGCCUCUCCAUCAGCUGUGCUAUGCUCAUCUCGCCUCUGGCGACCUUAACCACUCGGUUGUACGGUACCAAAGUGACACUCUUCACCGGAGUUGUCCUGGAAGCGGGCAGUCUCAUCGCAGCUUCGUUUGCGUACGAGAUCUGGCAGCUCUUCCUCUCUCAGGGUGUUUGCUUUGGACUGGGAAUGGGCUUUCUGUUCGUGGGCUCGGUGGGCAUUCCUGCGCAGUGGUUCACGACCAAGCGCUCUCUAGCGAAUGGCCUUGCCGCUGCUGGCUCGGGUCUGGGCGGACUGAUCUACUCUCUGGCUGCCGGCGCGAUGUUGACGUCCAUUGGGCUGGCGUGGACGUUUCGGGUCCUGGGGAUCCUGGCCUUUGGAGUGAAUAGUAUCUGCACCAUUCUCUUGAAAGACAGGAACAAGGUCAUUGGAAGUUCCCAGAGGGUCUUUGACGCGAAGCUCUUUGGUGAGUACACCUAGACGGCAAGCCGUUUUCUGCUCAUCUCCACGCUUGUGCUUGCUGACUCUGCUAUGUCUGCGUUUUAGCGAGAGCUGAGUACUUACUCCUCUGCGGAUACGGCUGGUUCUCGAUGCUCGGCUACGUCGUCCUCAUCUUCUCACUCGCCAACUACGCAAACGCCAUCGGCCUCAAUGCCUCGCAGGCUUCCAUCGUAUCCGCAUUGUUGAAUCUAGGUCAAGGACUUGGCAGACCUCCCAUCGGGUACUUCAGCGACACCAUUGGCCGAAUCAACAUGGCUGGGCUCAUGACUUUCCUCUGCGCGAUCUUCACCUUUGCAAUAUUCAUCCCAGCCAAGAGUUUCGCCGUCCUCAUCGUCUUUGCGAUUCUCGGCGGCACCGUCGCUGGAACUUUCUGGGCCACAAUCGCACCCGUCGCGGCUGAAGUCACUGGCCUCAAGCACGUCCCGUCGGCGCUGAAUCUGAUUUGGCUCGUCAUCGUCCUCCCGGUGACAUUCAGCGAAGCCAUCGCGCUGGAAAUCGUGAACGGUACGGGGUCCUAUUUGGGUACACAGGUUUGGGUGGGGAUGAUGUACAUCGCCGCCGCGAUCUGCGUGCUGUUCCUGAGAGGCUGGAAGAUUGGAGAGCUGGAGGAGAUCGCUCGCCUUGAGGGUCAGGGCGCCGGGGAGGUCAAUGCCAUGGCAACGGAGAAUGACGAGAGUCUGGCACAGGCUGCUAGGGCAACCGGUAGACGUUCGAUAACGACAGAAUUCUGGAAAUGGCGGAAAGUGUAG